CGCCGUGGUCUACGAGUGUGCGCGGACUACUUUUUCUGUGACAGACAGUUAGAAGCAGACGGUAGUCAACAGCAGACGACAGGUUCUAGCCAAACAGGAAAAUGAUCAGGAUUUUGGUUUUUCUCGUCGCGAGCAAUGCUUUUGUUGCAUCGAAAGUUUUGCAGGUACCCGAUAAACGCAGCCAUAAUCACGGACCUGAUUGGGUAGAUCAUUGCUGGGAUUACGCGACUAAUCAUAUCAGGGAUCCUUUCUGCCCACAUGCGCUGCCGAAUUGCACCGACGCACCGAUUGUUGACCAUGGAAGUCAUAACAGCGUAUAUAGUAAAACUGUUAAUUCGACCUUGACCUACACUUGUGACACCGGAUAUUACAUCACUGGACCGGAAGUAGUUACCUGCGUUAAGAGUGGCCAAACAGUGCAAUGGACAGCACCACCUGUUUGCAAUAAAGGUUGUGACGAAAGCCCCUGUAGUUGGGUCAG